UCAGUUUUGUGAGCGAAAAAAAUGAAAGUUAAGAAAAGUAGUGAAGAUAUUCCUGAUGGCUCAAAGAAAAAUCUUUCAGUGUUCUUUGCCACGUUAUGUGUAAUUGAUUUAUUUGGUGUUUUCCCGAUUGUGGCACUUCCGGCUGCCAUAAUCUCCUGUGGACUAUAUGGAAUUCCACUCGUGGUCUUUGUUAUCAUCGUUCAAAUCUAUACAGGUGUCUUACUGGGGAAAUGUUGGGUAAUUGCUGAAAAGCUCGAGCCCAGCAUAGUGCAGAAGAAUAGAUACCCUUAUGCUGCAAUUGCAGAGCUUACCUAUGGGAAGUACAUGCGGAUUUUUGUUACCUUUCUACUUGAUAUCACCGUUUUUGGUGGAGGAAUACCAAAUAUUUUGGUAGCAUCGCAGAAUAUGCAGCUUUUGGGUCUCAGAAUUUCACAGGGUUCAUUCAAUUUAUCCUUCUGCGUAUGGUUGGUGGUUAUUGGAGUUUUCAUUUGUCCCAUCAUGUGGCUGGGAAGCCCAAAAAAUAUGAAGGAAUUAGCUACAGUUUCUGUUCUAACGACCACAUCAGUAGCAUUUCUAACGUGGUACUGCAUUGAAAUGGAUAAAAAUCUCGAAAAUUCAGUAAAUACUCAACAACAGAAUUUAAAAUCAAUCACAUUCAAUGUUAAGAACUUAUUAAAGGCCUAUGGGAUUAUUGCCUUUCAAUUCGAUAUUCAUCCCAUGCUCUUAACGAUUCAAAUGGACAUGAAAAAGAAUGAAAGAGAUCAUAUUGGAAUUGUGAUUUCUUUAGGAAUAAUUGUUACCAUCAUACUUUCAACCAUAACAACCCUCUUGGCUGCAUUUAAAUACGGUGCAUCCGUAACACCAAAUAUCCUGGAGAUCCUGCCACAGAGUUGGACACUCUACGUGAUCAUCUUCCUCGUUACCAUUCAAUUGUGCAUAUCGAGUGCAAUUGGAAAUUCUGCCCUCUUCCAGCACAUUGAAGACAUCCUAUCGGCAUCGAGGGACUUUACUCUGAAACGAUGCCUAAUUAGAUCAUUUCUUGUGGGUCUGGCAGUAAUUAUUGGGGAACUUCUUCCUCGAUUUGAUAUGGUGAUGGGUUUAAUAGGGGGAACACUAACAGGACCAUUAAUCUUCAUUCUGCCGCCACUUUUUUUCACACGAAUUCUUCAUCUGGAAGAGAUAUUUGAUCGAAAAAUGGAACAAGUCGACAGCAAUGAAAGCAAUUCCUGCCUAAAAGUAUCUUCAUAUGGCACAUUAAUGCUCAGCGAUGGCCCCAAACAGCUUCCACGAUUCCCAUAUUUUACCAACAUAUGGAUGGGUGUUAGAAAAUUCUUUGAAAUUCUCCAUAGCGAUUGUCUCAUAUCAAUUCUCGUUAUAUCAUUCGGUUUAAUAGCUACUUUUGCGACAACAUACUUUAAUGUGUCUGAGACACUCUCGAUUAUCUCAUUUUCGUCGGCGUGUAUACAAAAACUCGGGAAUGAUUCAUUGGGCAUUUUAUAAUGAUUCUCACAUUUUAACUAAAAGGGGAGAAAGUCAUACGUUAACAACUUAUGGAUUAUGUUCAUUAUUAUUACAUUUUAUGUUUCUUUCCCGUUGUAUAAUUUGAUAAUGAUUAGUUGUGAAAUGUUUAGUGUUGACCUUCAGUCGUGUUAUGUAUAUUUUAUUGUAUUGUGUUUUUUUUUUGUUAAAAAGUAAAGGGUGAUUGAAGAUGUGCGCAUAGUUUGAUUUUAUAAAAUAAUUUUCUUUACAAUUCUUUUUUUUUAUUAAAAUGAUUCAAAAUAUUUCGAAAUGAAACUAAAGCCUGAAAGUUUUUAUUGAAAAAUUUAUAGAAUUUUAGCUAAACUGAUUUAUUUGGCACACUUCUCUCCAAGUAAUUCAUCACAUCUAAAAGGUUUAGUGAUAAGAGAUUAUUGUCUUGCUACAUGGGCCCAUUAAGCCACUUGGAAAAAUAAAUCUUUGAUAAUGCGUCGAGCAUGAAACAGCCUGUAAAAUACUUACAAAUUCAUCAUACACGUUAGUUUUUAGGAAUUUCAGUAAUAAAUUCAGCAUUCUUGUAUGUAUGGACAAUAACAUCAUCAGCAUCAGUUAAAAAAAAAACAUCUAAUCACCCGGA